CUGCGUGGUUCGGCUUCAGUAGGUCUCCACCCGAGAUUAUGGUGGUCGGAGACGCCGUGAGAUGUGGAUGCGGGGUUAUUUAAGACAGGAUGGCUGAAAUACUGCGUCAGGUCGCGCUUUUGCGCCUUGUGUCGUGAAACGCAGCAGCCUCUUAAAGGACCUCCACAUGAUGACACCCCUUGGGAAGAACCCUUAAUGCCUCAUGUGUUGUUCUUUACGAGAUGCGAGACUUAAUUUUGACCUAUAACAUGCGCGCGGUGUCGUUCCUUUAAGCGGAUGCUGGGCUGUACAUGCGCUCGCGUUCAGUUGGAGAUGUCAUGAAGUCCGCGCAUCGGUUCUUUGUGCGUCUCGGUGAGCAUCGCAACACGGCCGGUGUGGCCAUGGCUCGCUCAGCGUAUCCUCGACUUCUGCAAUAUUCAACGCAAGUUCCUCGUUGCAUCUGAUCGGAUCUGACUCUGUUAUCUGGCUCAAUCGGACGCGCGUAACGUCGGUGCGCAAUGCGCGAGUACAAGGUGGUGGUGCUCGGCAGCGGUGGCGUCGGGAAGUCCGCUCUCACGGUUCAGUUCGUCACCGGGACCUUCAUCGAGAAGUACGACCCGACCAUUGAAGACUUCUACCGCAAGGAGAUCGAGGUGGAUUCGUCCCCGUCGGUGCUGGAGAUCCUGGACACCGCCGGCACCGAGCAGUUCGCGUCGAUGCGGGAUCUGUACAUCAAGAACGGCCAGGGCUUCAUUCUGGUGUACAGUCUGGUCAACCAGCAGAGCUUCCAAGAUAUCAAACCCAUGCGAGAUCAGAUCAUCAGAGUCAAGAGGUACGAGCGCGUGCCGGUGAUAUUAGUGGGAAAUAAAGUGGAUCUGGACAACGAGCGUGAGGUUUCGUCGAGCGAGGGUCAGGCUCUGGCUGAAGAAUGGGGAUGUCCUUUCAUGGAGACCUCGGCUAAGAGUAAGACUAUGGUGGACGAACUGUUCUCAGAGAUUGUUAGACAGAUGGAUUACGCUUCUCAGCCUGAUAAAGAAGACCCGUGCUGUUCCUCCUGCAGUAUACAAUAACCCCCCGACCGCCAGCGAUGAGGCUUUUCAAACACGAGGGGUGGAACACAGGAGUAGAUUUCAGCAUUAGACACAGAGCAUAGACACACGACAGCUCAAUGGUUCUCAACUGCUAUGCUUUCAUCGCACAUUCAACGUCCUUUAACUCAUACAACCAUAUAGAUUCACUUCUCAAAAACAACCCAGAGUGUUAAACCCUAAAUUCAGACAAAUUUAGAUCAACGCAGUGUUGGGUUUCAUCUGCUUGAUAAUCAGGAAUAAUGUAUAAUGAAGUAUUAUCAUGCCAUGGGUUGAAGAAUGCAAUUCUGCAUCUGGUCUUAUUACUCAAACCGGUCUGAUUGAGAAGUCAUUUAAUCAGACCACCACAGCCGUGUUGUUUUUAAUUGCGAUUUUAAGUGUAAAUUUGAAAAAAAUGUUUGCUAAGGGUCCGUCUAAAAAGUACACACAAUGCUGUAAAACAAACUCACAUUUUUAUCGACCGAACCGUCAAAUGUCAUUUCAUGACUACGACACUAUAUUUUAUAACUUUAUUUUGAUGUUCACUUUAAAGUGAAGCUGUAAAUGCUCUCUUAAUUCACUCCAGACGAUGGGUAUUUUGUAUCUACCUUUAUGAUGUCACUUGAGCUUCUUCUAUAUCAUGUAGGCAAUUUUACAAAUUAGCAAUUGAUAUCAUAAAGUUUCAUCAGACGCAAAUGUUUGACAUCAACAACAAAAGAUGAUGUGUUUGCAAACACGCCUACGUGAUAAAUUAAAUGUCAUGGAGUUUGUGUCACUUUGUCUCGCUGUUGUCCGCGACGUUAUCCAAACAGUCACUUUCCUCCAGUUGAGAACCACUGAUCUUGAAAAGGUCAAAAAUAUUGUCAAAAUAUGAAAUCUAACAGAGAGGUUAUAGGAAUGCACUGUUUCUUUUACCUGCACGUAAACACACGUUAAAUGUACUUUUGACACUUCUUAGAUAGGAUCGCUUUGAUUUUGCUGUUUAGUUUGCACAUAUAGAACCUGAUGUCUUAAACUGCCACUAGACUCUGGAAUGGGCAGAAUGAAUUUGUUUUGUUCUUCCAAAUGGCCCACCGUCAUGUGACCCACAGUUUCCUGCGGGUUUCAGAUCUUCAUGAGUGCGGAGGCGUCCCAUUGCAUCGACCCUAUCCGUGACUGGUGCGUUCAGGGGACUUUUUCUUUUGAGAAAACCAAAUAGGAUGCCAGAAAGCACUUUGCUAUUAAUCGUUGUGUCCAGGUUGAUUUUUUCUGAAACUCCUGGAAAUCUUCUCUUUUGAUUGUGUUGUGAUUUUUUUUAAAUAAGUUACAUAAACUGAACGGUGUAUUUUGAUAACGUAGUAAAACAAUCACCAGAUUUGCUGUAGUAUCGAGGUUUUUAAUCCGGUGGCAGAAUUUCUCGUCCUUCCACAGACGGGACGCAAACUGGUUUCACAUCACUUUUUAAAGCAAUAAAUGCGCAAAUGUUCUAUUUGAUCAUUUUUAUUAUUGUAGAGGUUUUUUCGUAAAAAGUAAUUUCAUUGUAUGUUGAUUUCACACUUUCAAACUAAAAGUUUUUACUCCAUGAAUGCUCUGGUUUUGACCAUGUUUGUGGACUGUCGACUGUAUUUGUAUCGAAUGGUGUUUCUGAAUGGGAAUAUAUUCUUAACACUUUGAGCUUUGAUGGGGUCAUACAGACAAACACAAGAGAAACAAAUACAGCGUCGGUCUCAAUGCAUCUGUGACAAGAAUAACAAAACAGAUUCAAUUUCUCACACCUUUCUCAGGAGAGUUACAGGCUACCAAAUCCGUUGUUAAAGAUAAUCUGUUUUUAUAUUUCUUUUGUUUGUUGUAAUUCUUUGAUCAUUAGAAUAUACAAUAAUGAUAUUCUUAAGCUGUAUUGUCUUAGGUAUUUUGGUAUUAAAGUUAUUUGGUAUUACAGAACAAUUCAUUUUCAAACUUUCAUGUGUCUUCAAUAAUCCAGAAAUGUAAAAAUGUUUAUAGGAAAGCAGUCGCUGAGUAGUUUAUAAAAACAGAGGCCAACCGUACAACAUGUUGAUUUAACGUGCAUGGCUCAACAUUAUUGUUUGUGAAUUUGACACACAUGAACACGUCUCUCUGGAUGAUCAUUUAUGGGUGAACCUUUGCCAUGCAGACCUGCCGUUUGCCUUUUGAACUUUCAUCUUUAAUCGUAUAUUUUUUUAAGUGAACAUUUACCCUCUUCCACACGGUAAAUGGAUUGUGAAUAUGGUUUCAUUUGACACAACAAUAAAAACAAUCUUAUUCACAGAUGUCGCUUGAGU